AUGAUGAUUUAUCGUUGUUGUCAUUUGAAAUCAGAUAUUGUGGCUGAUAAAAUAAACUUAAAUUUUUCACUCAAGUUUCGAGUGAUUUUAUUGAUUUUUGAUAUAGGUAUAACAUCAGUUAUUAAUAAGCAGUCUAGGUAUUUAAGUUACUUAGUGUACAUUUAUCUUUUUCUGUUAGAAUUGUGACGAAUACCAUAACUAUAUUGUGAUUAUUCUACUCAUUAACAUCAUCACUUUAACUCUCUAAAUAUUCCUGAUGGUAUAAAAACCUUUCAAUUUAGAUCUUUGAGUAUAGAAAGCGAGUUCCUUUAUUUUCUGCCCAUAAAAUUUAUUGGAUUGCAAAUUGGAUGAUGCUUUUGAUGAUUAUUGCCUUAAUCAUUAACUAUCAAGGCUAUUUUCUAGACAUUAUUCUAAUCUUAUUAAGAAUUAUCAUAAUAUCAAUACUACUAAUUUAUACACUUUUUAUUAGAAAGCAAGACUUAGUAGAAUUUGAAGAUAUAGGAUUUUUUAAUAGUGAAUUGCCAGAUAUUGAUGUUUCUUCACAGGAUUAUAAGUUAAGGAUUUCAACCUUAAACAGUAUACUUAUAAUUUUAAUAAGUAGAUUUUCAAACAUAAUUUUUUUCUGUAGAAAUACAAAAAAUGUGGAACAUUGUAGAUGAUGAUAUUGAAAUUAAAUUGAAUAUGUAAAUAUAAGAUUGAUUUAUGUAGUCAUUUCAUUGAUAAAGAAAAAAACAUGAAAUUAAAAAAAAGACUGUCAUAUAUAUUUGAAAUGCAUUCAAAAAUAAUUAUAGAAUGCUAAAGAUAUUUUGAACUUCAUAACAAUGAAUUACUGGAAUUAGAUUAUUUAAUGAAGAAGAUUUAAGAAAACAGUGAUUUACAAUUAAUUUAAAGUAUAUAGAAAUAUUUUAAUUUCAUAAUAAGUAAAGUUGAUUUGAUAUCAGUAACCUUUAUGGACUUUAUUGAAUUACCUCAAUAAGAAAGAGAAUUGUUGGAAGACAUCAAACAAUAGAAUACACAACUUCAUAAACAAUCUUUCAUUAAAAAAUAAUUAACUACUCUAUCCUAAAAGAAAUGGGAUUUACAAGAACAAUUUAUCCCUUACAUGAAUGUUAAAAUAAGAAAACAUCAAACUAUCAAAUAAAACAAUGAUUCUUACAUUUAGUAUGUUAUAGUGAUCAAAAUUAAACAAGAAAGCUUAGUUUCAUAGAAGAGAUUCAGGGAAUUUCAUGAAUUACAUGAAUAAUUAAAAUAACAAGGGAUAAGAUUUGUAUCUCUCUUCCCAUAAAAAAGUAUUGGAAAACUAACUGAAUUAGAUUUGGAACAACGAUAGAGGGAUUUAGAAAUUUAUUUGAAAGUAUUAUUAAAUGAUAGGAAUAAUCAUAAUUGUUUACAAUUAUUUAAAUUUAUAGGCUUAAAUGUAAAUUAAGAAGCUUAUUUAAAAAAACAAUAUCAACGCAUAUAAAGAGAUGUAUAAUUAAUUUGUUAAUCUACUAUAAAAUUUGUAUUAUUUGAAGAUGUUUAGGAUUAAUUUGGUGAUAAAUAUUUUAGAUAUUAAUUUUAAAUUUUAAAUAAUAAUAUCUUAAAUUUAAACCACAUAAUAUUUAAACGAUAUUCUUAAUUUGAAGAAUUGCAUAGCAUAUUAAAAUAAAGGUAAAUUAAAUAGUAUUUAAUAGAUUUUAAUAUUUACCAUUGUUGCCAUAAAAAUCUUUAUAACAAAAUAUCAACCCAAAUCAAAGAAGUGGAUUGUUACUUUAGUAUCUUAAUGAAUUGAUUAAGAUGCCUUAAGUUUGUGAGAAUCCUCAUUUUAGACAAUUUAUCGAUAUUCCAUUUUUUAAUUUUGAAUUUGAAGAAUCAACAAUCUAAGAGUCUACCACAUAAUUUAAUCAAAUAAUAAGACAUUUAGAUAAUGAUUCAAUAAUUUCAAAGAUAGAUGAUAUGAAAGUAAGAUUAUGGGAAUGA